UAUAUGUUUUUAAAUAUUUUACAAGCAAUUUAUUGUGUAGGAGUUAAAAUUGACUAAAAAUAUAUAUUACAAAUUUUAGGGUUAAGCGCGGUUACUUGAUAGACAGUUAGUAGUUUAGUACUAGAAGACAAAAUAUUUUACCGGCUUUAGUAAAAUGGCACAUGAUAUUAUGAGUCAAUUCUAUACUUGCUUAAAUUUACCAUUUCAAGAAAAACUAAUGGAGCUUACUAGACUCAUUGAUCAAACUGGACCAAAUAAGGAUUUACAAGCUUUAUUUCCUCAACUUAUAAAUAAUAUAUUUGCUCCUCUUCAUAACGGCUGGGGAUUACGACAAAUUACUUUUGAAGCUAAUAGAUAUGAAUUUGAAGCUCUACUAAGUUUUCUAGAACCGCAAGGACCCAUGUUUCGUUUGUGUUAUAAAUUAUUAUAUGAUCCUCAGUUGAAGUACAAUCUUCCAUUAAACACCUUACCAUUGGACUUGCAGAUGACUCUUGAAAGGGGUAGGUGUCCCCAAUUUUAUGCAGAUAUGCUUACAAUGGAUUCUAAUUCAAUGAAUAUUGUUGCUUUGGCAUUGAAUCCCUUUGAUUAUUACAUUUUUAAUUUUGCAUUAUACUUAAUAAACAAUAAUCAAAAUAAAAGCUCUUGGGACAACUGGAAUAGUGUAUAUUUUGCUCUAGCUUGUGAUUAUUUGAUGCACUUUCUUCCAUCUGAUCCUAAUGUUUCUGUUUUGCCACACAUUCCACAUUAUACUGGUAAGGUUCCGAUGGCUGCACCCCUGCAAACCGCAAACAGACCGUUGUGUUCACCAUCAUUGUUAGUGUUGCCGGAUCUGUCGGGUAUAAGUAAUCAGCAUGUGAAUUCACCACAGACACAAUCAAGGAAUGAAGUCUGGAGGUCAGAAACAGUUUUGCAAAUAUUUAUUGAUUUGUGGAUGAGUGUAGAACCCUUCAAUAAUAGAAGUAUUGAGAUGUAUCAGAGGACCUAUCAUAAUAUGAGCUCAAGCCCAGAAAGAGUUAGAAUUGUUCGAGUAUUGGUGAAACAUAUACAUUCAUUUUCUGCAAAGUAUAACUCUGAUCCUGCAAUCAGAUCUUCAACACUUCGUAAAUAUGCAAGACAAAUUAUGUGUUCACGGGCAUAUCAUUAUGUAAAACACUUAGUUAUGACUUGGCCUCUAGAUGCAUCUUUCAGACUAGUAAUGGAAUUGUGGCUAAGCUUAAUACAACCAUGGAGAUACACAGAUAAUUCUAUAACACAAGACAGAUUUCCUAGUACUCAAAGAAACCAAGACGAAACAAAUACUUCUUUAGAUGCCAGUUUCACACAGUUCAUUGCCGAAAAUUUUCCGUCUUACACAUGUAUUCUUCAAAUGAUUCUGCCAAGAUUUACAAGACUGGAUCUGUCAAGUUAUAAAAAUGCUGUCAUGUUAUUUCGAGUGGGAAAGGUCUUUUCCCAGCAACAUCUUGUUCCCAUACUGAUGAACUUGGAGAAAGCUAUUACUGAUAGCGUAUCUGGAUUACAAAGUCCUGACAACAGUGGUGUAAAUCUUGAUCAAAGCUAUACUUACAAUGGGGUUGCUUUAUCCAAAUGGGUGGCCAUAGCGAAACAAUCCAUCUCAGAAUUGAAUAUGGCAGCUACUUUUGAAUAUGACCCAAUAUGGAGUGAAAAUAAAAAUAUUUUUAUGCUGGAAUUUGUCAAAAGAAUUUUGUCUGCAAAACAUACUGCUGACAAAAAUUUAGAGAAUUAUUCAAAUAAAUUGAAUCAGCAAAACCAAGGUUUUUGGAGUUCCUUGAAACAAUGGCUGAUGAUGGGGAAUACUGAAGAAGAGGCAGCAUUGUUGGAAGAAUAUAAAAAAGUUCCUAACUAUUUGACUAGUUGCAUCCAUUACUUUACAAAUAUUUUUGGAGUUAGUGAGAACAUGUUACUGCCACUAGAAACUGAAUUGCUGGACAAUUCUAUUGAGCAUUCUUCUUUUGCAAAUUCAACAAACAACUUUACUCUUUCUAUCGCUCAAAAACUUCGAAACACGCCAACCGGAGUUCAGUACAUGGGCGAUCCAGAUCUCAUGCCCAUAAUGUCUUUUGAAAAUACAAUUUUAGUAAGAAUGUUGUAUCAAAUAGCUUCCAGGCUUAAUGAUAUGUAUGGGGAAGAAUUUUCAAUGUUAUGGAGACGAAAUGACUUUUGGGGAUAUGUUUCACGUGAAAUACUACAGAAACCUGUCACAAUACACACAUAUGUUAAGGAUGCAAGCUACCACCAGAAUAUUAUUAAUCAAGAACUACCUCCAAGGUUGUCCCUGCGACGUCUCGGAUCACACAAGUUUGUUGUGUGGAUAAGCUUAGGUUAUAUUUUGUUUAGACUAUUUUCAUAUAGUGGUAUUAUGUAUGUAUUUUUCCUUAUUAUGCUAUGGUCCUUUUUUGUAUUGUGUCGAGCAUCUUUAAAGAUAUUGAGAAUUAUAAAAGAUUAAUAUAAUAAGAAUAAUAAAUCAUUUUUUUAUUUUUGAA